AAGGGGGGACUGUAAUACCUAUUCCGGGACUAGUGUAGACGGGGACGGACAGCCGAUAAAAGACAAGCAAUUGUUAUUUUUUACCCGGAGUAAAUAGGAAAACAUUUAAGACAAAAUACAGGGUCAUUACAUCUCGCUGAAAAGCGCUACGGAAGCAUGUGGUUGCUGCAACGAGGAACAAAAAAAUGUAUUUCGGAUUUCUGAUACAAUGUAGCCAGCUAGCUGUAGAUAGCUAGUUAUAUUAUUAGCUAGCAAGCCAGCGAAAGCUACGAAUGUCUUGAUGUCAAUGUUAGCUUUACCACCAACUUGUGGUAGCGGAAAGGAUCUUUCAAGAAGAACUGAACAACCUGGAGCUUUGGAAACUCGUCGGAUAAAAUCUGAUAUCUGCGAUGACUCUACAAGACAUUAAUUGGCUGCUUCAGGUCACCCUGUUCCUCGCUUCCUUGCUCAUUGUGCUAGCCUGGCUGGUACAGUAUUCGCGGGCCAUACUACGUUCACGGAGCCGGAGUGUGCGCCACCGGGAGCAUGACGAAACUGCUUGGUCGCUGCCGGAGAGCUUGUCUCACCAGAUCCGCGCAGGAGGCGUAUGGGGCACGUUGUUGAAGUUGAGGUUUGGGCGCAACGGGGGCGGAGGUGAUUCAGGGGCAGGAGUGAAAGGAUUGCUGUCGUCGCUCUUCUCCUUCCGGUCCUUCAGGGAGAAUUGGCUGCGGGCGUGGGUCCGGGCACUCAACGAGCAAGCUUUUAGAGAUGGGAGCUCAAUCCAGAUCACAUUUGAUGAUAGCCUCCAGCUCCCAUCAACUGCCUCGAUCAGUCAUGUGACCUGCACGGAACAAUCAGCACACAACAUGGUUUUACAGUGCAGCUGUGAAGUUGACACGGUAACAUUCCCUGUGAGUGUCACUCAGCAGUCACCUGCAGCAGUUUCCAUGGAUACGUACCAAGUCACCAUUGCUCCAGCGCAGGUCCAGUUGGUGGUGUGUCUGGAGGAAGUGGAGGAAGAGGGUUUGCUGGUGUCCUGGACGUUCUCCCAGCAGCCCUUGCUUGAUCUGUCCGUUAAACCCCGCAGAAUGCAGAGAGAGGCAAAUGAUGGGGGCAAUGAACAAGUGGACGUGAACACGAUCGCGGAGCUGGUGGAGGACACCUUGUUCAGCACGCAGCCUGCCAUGAUCGUCAACCUGAAGGCCUGUGUGUCCAGCCCUGUGACCUCAGGAGAAAGGCUGAUUCGGGGCAUGAGUUCCCCUUCUCGGGGGAGCCCUGUGCAGAGGCUUCUAGUACGACAGCUCCGAGCAGCAAACGUGAAAGCGCGUACCCAAUCAGGAUGGAUGGAGCUGUGCUGUGCCCUUGAUCUGAUCCCGCCCACUCAGGAAAGGAGGACCCGCUUCCUGCCCCCACCAUCCAGCUCAGGGGCGGAGCUUGAAUGGAGCGAGGACAUCACGCUGAAUCUGGGCCAGGAUACCAAGGAACUUCGAAUUAGACUGGUGGAGCGCAACAGCAAAGGGGAACAGUUCCUUCCUGGACACGCCUCCCUUCCCCUGGACCUGCCACAAAGGAGUCCUAUUGGGCGACACGUGCUUUCAGUCAAUCCAGGGCAAGGUUUGCCAUCCACUGGCACUGUAAUCUUUGAGCUGCUGUUUCUGGAGCCAGGCGACCCCCGCGGUGGUCAGGGAUCUGCUGGCCUGCGCUCCUCACUCACCCCAACCAAAAAAGUGGAGAUGGACCGCACCAUCAUGCCUGACGGUACCAUCGUCACCACAGUGACUACCAUUCAGUCGCGACCCAAACUGGACCGCAAACUAGAGUCUCCCACUUGCUCUCCGUCCAAGGUGGAGGUCACAGAGAAGAAAUCGACUCUCCUCACAGACAGUUACUCAAGCAGCGUCAGUCCGACCCUCAGCUCGGACAGUCACCUUUCCAACGGGCUGGACCCUGUGGCCGAGACUGCUAUUAGACAGCUGACUGAGUCCUCCAGCAAGGCAGUAAAGAAGACGCCCACUAAGAGGAGCACACUCAUAAUAUCUGGGGUGUCAAAGGUCCCCAUAGCGGAGGAUGAUGCAGCACUGUCGAUUGGCUACGCUGCGUCCAUGGACGCUGCCCUGCUGGAGGACCGCUCCCCGGGAGCCCUCAACCACUAUGGCGCCAGCUCCCACGGGCCCGUGCAGCAUGACCCCGACGAGACCACACCCUCUGACAUCUCAGAAAGGCCCUCUGUGGAUGACGUGGAGUCGGAAACAGGCUCUACAGGGGCACUGGAGACCCGCAGUCUCAAAGACCAUAAAGUGGGCUUCCUCCGCAGUGGAACCAAGCUGCUGUUUCGCCGGAGACAUCGGCAGAAGGACCCUUGUCUCAGCCAAUCGCACGAGGAUGUCUCCAACCUGGGCAACGGCUCCGCCGUGCACAAGAAGUCCGGAAGCUUCUCUCGCCGCCUGAUCAAACGCUUUUCCUUCCGUUCCAAGUCCAAGGGGAAAGCGAGCAGCAACGGAGGGGCAGGCACGUCCGAGAACUGAAUGCGGAGAGGACUGGGGGGCUGUUGAGAAUGCUGGCGGGAGAGAUGUGGGAUCGGCCCGCAGUUUGUGACGGGUGCGGUUGUCCAGCCCGCCAAACACAGCAACCCACGUGGCCCAACUGUGCGAGAACUUCGGACAGAGUACACUGGGGCCGUGGAAAUCAAUGUGCAGGGAUGUGCACGGUCAGCAGGAAGACUACUUUCCCAAAGUCCUAUUCACAUUGCACCAGCUCCCGGCAAAAUCAAUGGCCCCCUUCCCACAACUGUACUUGUGGUUUAAUAUGAAAGAUAACCGAAAUCGUGUGCUGGCACUUUUUUCCCCUUACAACAGUCUGUAAACAGUUGCACAACUUCCUAUGCUAAGGUCACAACAAUUAUUGAAAAUUUAGCAAGCUAGCAUUGCUAUCAGUUUAAGACUUUGCUAGCAUAUUGUAAUUGAAUUUUCUGCUGCUUUGGUGCAUUAAUAUGAGCCGUCCACUUUUAAAUUAUAGCGGUACAUCAUUCUAAAAAGUAUACAAAUACCAUCUGAAAGAUGAACUGAAAGUUUACAUGUACCUUUGUGAUAACAUUGUGUUCCUUACAAAACUCUGCUGAAAUGCAAUCGAAAAAUUAAGGUUAUGCACAUUGUUUUGCUAAAAUGCAACCUACCUCCAUAUCACAAAGCCAUUUGCUUGGAAAAUCUCCUUGUGUGAAACAUUACAUGCAGUUAACCACAAAUUAGUAGCUUUUUGCUGGUGAAAUUUGAAUUGACACAUGCAACCUAUUUGCUAAAAAUUAUUUGGCACUGUUCUCUGUUGCAGAUGGGCGUCAGAGAGCAUUGUUGGAAUUUUCAAAGUGAAAGUGCCAUCGUAAAUGAGAUUUAGGAGAAGACCUGUUAAAUUGCACUAAAAUAUGUAGAGAGGGGAAGGGGUAUAGCAGAGCAACAGAGCACUUUUUAUUCUGCAGGAGGCCUGAAAUUUCUUCCAUUGCAUUUCGUUUAGAUAACAAGAGAGCCCGGUGCAGCAUUGUGGAGGAAAAAUCUGCUUUAAAGGCAUUGCUUUUAAAAGUACAGGAAAUCCUUGUUUUUUUCUCUUCAGACAGCCAUAGAUCACCCCUUUUCCUGGCUGUCUCUCUCUAAGUCUCUCGCGCUGCUCAGAGUAGCAUCACUGUACAACAUGGCCGCCGGCAGAGGGGCAGUGUCAUCUCAGCAUAUGAGUGAAAUGGGUGAAUGUUGAUGGCCAUCUCUGUGGAAAGACAUUUGAUGGUUACAGCCCUUUUUUAUUUAUGAGGAUAAAUGUGAUGCUUUUGCGGAACAAGCUUAAUGGGGUGAAUGAUGUAAAUGCCGAUGUACUGGAGUGUGAGUUGUAUGAACUGCUGAACACUAGAGGGCAAUGGUAGGACCGUUAGGCUUCCUAAGAGGGAAGGUUAUUUAUUUUUUUUGAUGGCUGCACUUUGGAACUUUAUUUAUUUGUUUACAGUUCUGGAACCCUUAUUUUUGUUGAUAUGACUAGCUUGAUGUACAGUAUACUCUGUUCCCUUGUACACUAAAUGAUAUCCCUGUUCUCAGUGUGGUCUGUACAUGCUUUGUACUCUGGCCUAUUGUACUGAGAUAUGCAGCUCUGAAGAUGAUGAAGCCUCAUUGUCUAACAGUUGUGGGACUGAUUACUUAUUGGACUUCUUUACCCUUAGUAAUGGUGGCAGUUUAUUUAUUAUUAUUAUUAUUAUUAUUAUAUAAAAACAGCUUGUGUGUUUGCGCGUGUGUGUGCGUGUAUGCGUGUAUUUAUAUGGUUAUGUGCAAAUGAAGUUUUGAAAGUCACCGCAUAUUAUAAACUCUAUUCUUUCAUCAAAUCUCAGAUAGAAAGUCCUAUACUGUAAGUAGUAUAUAUAAUAUACUACUUUGUAAUAUUGCAUAUCAAACCCGCUGUAGAGAAUUGCUGUAAAAUAAUGUUUUGUUUUUUUUAAUUAAUAUUUGAGUGAAUUGAAACACAAGGAAUUUACAUAUCUUUCGGGAAGCAAUACAGUGCUUCUUCUACAAACAAAAAAAACCCUACAACAGACUAGACUCAGCCACUCCUGGCAGUAGUUUCUCCCUACUGUUUGCUCCUGUAUACAUGUAUUGUACAGGCUGUAAGUUUGACUUGUGCAGUCCUUGUGUCUGUGCCCUGAUGUGAUCUCUUUAAAUAACAGGCUCAUUAAAAUAUCAGAUUCAGCUGUACCAUGUUCACAAAUGCUACCAAAGUCCUGAUUUACCAACUGUUUAUUAUGUAUACCACCUAUUUAAUUGUGUACAUACAAUAUAUUAAAGACAGGGUAGGCUGGCUAUGUACACAUGUAUACUUGUAUGUAUGCAAUAUAAAUUCUAGAUUUUUUUAUUUGUAUUACAUUCAUUUUUUCUUAAAUGUGGUGCUUCCUUAAGUUAUGUAUAGGUUGAGAAUGAAGUUUUUCACUUCUAUGCUCCUGAACUCCCCUCCCUUCCCGCACAACCUCACACACCACAACUGUGUAUAUUGUAUGAGUAUUUAAAGCAUCCUGAUGAGAUCUUGUAUAUGCUGGGGACAUUUUUUUUUAUGCAAAAAAGAAAAGAACAAGUGCGAUACCAUAAUUUUGUGGAUCUUGUCAUUUAAACGGCUGCACUGCUAGUGUGGUGAAGGGAAGCAGGUUGUGGGGGGGGGGGGGGGGGGCAUGGUUCAGGCAUGGUUUUGAGCCACAGAACUGUAUAAAACUGUUUGGAGUACACUGCAAUGUAGGUUUAUCAUAAAGGAUAUCUGUUUUCAUAUGUUAUCAUAAAAUUAUCCAUAUUGACUGUCUGCAUAAUUGCUGUGGCCUGCUGAGAGUUGCAGUCGUCAGAAGUUUGAAUCUCUUUUGUCAGCAUGCUGUCUCCAUAUCCCCUUUUACUUUGCCCACAGAGGUCUCACACAUUCCAUCCCCAGUUACUUUUGUUGGUGGGGGUGGAGCACUGGGACAUUCCAGAGGAACACACCAUGCUAGGUCUUGAUUCCCUGGCUUGGACUUCCAUCUUGUUGCUCUGGGCAAUUGUUUCCUUAAACAGCACAGUAGCCUAGAUAAUCUGUAUGUUUUAUUGAGUCUUGUAAAAAUAGAAAAAUAAAAAGUGAAUCAAGAUUAAUUCAACUUUUAAGAGAUUCAAGCUUCAACAAGGACAUCUACAAUUGUAAAAACACAAAAAUGUCUUCAGAUAUUUGGAACCAACUUGAUCUAAUAAUUGACUCGUUUUCUUGUUAAUUUAUUUGAAAAUAAAUUCUUUUUUCAAAAGGCAA